AUGGAUGAAGGUAUAGAAAUUUCAAGUGAUGGAAAUUCCCUGAUCAAAGCAGUCCAUCAGAGCCGGCUUCGCCUCACAAGACUCUUGCUAGAAGGUGGUGCAUACAUUAAUGAGAGCAAUGACCGUGGGGAAACACCUUUAAUGAUCGCUUGUAAGACCAAACAUGUUGAUCACCAGAGUGUCAGUAAAGCCAAAAUGGUUAAAUACCUGUUAGAAAACAAUGCUGACCCCAACAUACAGGACAAAUCGGGGAAAACUGCUUUGAUGCAUGCUUGCUUAGAAAAAGCCGGUCCUGAAGUUGUUUCCCUGCUCCUAAACAGUGGGGCUGAUCUCAGCUUGCAAGAUCAUUCUAGUUACUCAGCCCUUGUUUAUGCUAUAAAUUCAGAGGAUAGAGAGACCCUGAAAGUUCUCCUUAGUGCUUGCAAGGCAAAAGGGAAAGAGGUCAUUAUUAUAACGACAGCAAAAUCACCCUCCGGUAGGCACACUACCAAACAGUACUUAAAUAUGCCUCCUGUAGAUAUGGAUGGGUGUCAUUCCCCAGCCUCCUGUGCCACUCCUUCAGAAAUAGACAUAAAAACAGCUUCGUUGCCACUUACACAUUCUUCUGAAACUGAAAUGACACUUUUUGGCUUUAAAGGUCUGGAGCCCUCAGGAAAUAGUGAUGACACACAGGACCCAGGCUCCCCUGUGAGGAAGCCUUCUAUGGCCUCUAAUGGGCCCAAGCUACCCCAGGCUCCAACCUGGAUCAAGAGUCCUCCCUUAUUCAUGCACCAAAACAGAGUGGCCUCCUUGCAAGAGGAGCUCCAGGAUAUUACUCCAGAGGAAGAAUUGUCCUACAAAACCAAUGGGCUGGCACUUUCCAAGCGAUUCAUCACUAGGCACCAAAGUAUUGAUGUAAAAGACACUGCACAUUUGCUGAGAGCCUUAGAUCAGGCCAGCUCAAGAAAGAUGUCAUAUGAUGAAAUAAAUUAUCAAUCAUUUUUUUCAGAAGGAAAUCAGCAAUGCAUUGAAAUCCCUGCUGAGCCAGAUCCAGACUCUAACCAGACGAUAUUUGCUUCCACCUUAAGAAGUAUAGUCCAAAAAAGAAACUCAGGAGCAAAUCACUACAGCUCUGAUUCCCAGCUCUCAGCUGGUCUUACCCCUGCAACUUUAGAAGAUGGCAAAGCACUUAUAGGAAAGAAAAAGAUCCUCUCACCGUCUCCUUCCCUGUUGUCAGGGCCCAAAGAAUUGUUGGAGAAUAUCUCACCAGGUCCCUUGAGCAGGAGAAAUCAUGCAAUUUUAGAAAGGCGUGGUUCAGGAGCUUUCCCUUUAGAUCACGGUAUCACGCAAGCCAGACCAGGAUUUCUGCCACCCUUAAAUGUGAAUCCUCAUCCCCCCAUCUUUGAUAUCAAUGUCAAUAAUAAGAUUUCCAGCCUCCUUUCUUGUGGUCAAAAAGUGCUAAUGCCAACAGUUCCUAUGUUCCCCAAAGAAUUCAAAAGUAAAAAAAUGUUGUUAAGGAGACAAUCAUUGCAAACAGAACAAAUUAAGCAAUUAGUAAAUUUUUAA